CGCGAUGCGACCGAUGGACUGCGUUCACGACGAUCCGCCAGCCUAGGACGUAGACCGCACCCGGACAUUGAAGUGCCACCGACUGCUACCUCAUUUGCUACCAACUACUACACUGAUGGACCUACCAGGUUGAAAAUGGCCGCCGAGCACCGUCGCAAGACCCUGUCGCUGCAACGCAUGCACUGGAAAACCACACCCAACGCCUACCAACGUGAAGAAAUCGAAGAGAUUGGCACAACCAAUCCCAAGAAGAUUAUGCAUUGGACUGAGGGCGGUAAAAAGACCACUGGUGGCACAGUUUUGGCCAGCGAGGAUCCUCACCAGUUCGCGCCGCAGGGCUCUGAUCCAAGAGAGUUUCAGGCCAACCUUAAAAAGGUUCGUGACAACUACUACAAAGAUGUCCGAACUGCCGGCCCACAGUCCAAAAUUCUUGAUGGUCUGGACUUGGACGACGUGGACGCCUAUCCGGGCUCCCCUACAGUCUCCGUUUUCUCGCCUAAUCCGUUUGGUCAGGUCACUGAUGAUGAUCUGGCCCGCUACAAACGAAACAUCGAGCGCAAGGCUAAGGGGUUACCAACCGAAGAAGAGGAGGAGGCGAUGGAACGGCAAAGGCGUGCGGCAACCCUCCAGCCUGACAGUUCUGCACGAGUGGUUCCUGAACCACAACGAUCACUGCCAUUCUUCAGUCUGCUUUGCAUGACUGCUUGCGAACUAAUUUUAGACUACGAGGAUAUAAUUCCGUCUUCGUAA